AUCCAUUAGAGAGUGGGGACAUUUAUUCAAGGUUGCUCCUCCUUUUGCAAUCUUAAAACCAUCCUAUCACUUUUUGAAAUCAUCUUUGAAGUUGUCGUUCAUUGGAGCAGAGUCCUAGAGUCUUGACUUGGGGGGGAAUAGCCAUGACUACUGCUGAUGAAAUCAGGGCUCCAGUGAGGCUUGAGGGAAAGUUUAAAGCAAUGAUGGUUUGUUUUGUUCUUGGGCUCGGGUCCCUUGUUGCAUGGAAUAGUAUGCUGACAAUUGGAGAUUACUACUAUCAAUUGUUCCCGAAGAAAUACCAUCCUUCAAGGGUACUUACUCUCGUUUACCAACCAUUUGCGCUUGGAACAAUGGCAAUACUAGCAUACAAAGAAUCCAAGAGUAAUACUAGGAAGAGGAACUUAUUUGGAUACACCCUUUUCUUUGCAAGUACUUUUCUUGUCUUAAUUUUGGAUGUAGCCACAUCAGGGAAAGGUGGGCUUGGAGCUUUUAUUGGUUUGUGUGUGCUUUCUGCAUGUUUCGGAGUUGCAGAUGCUCAUGUUCAAGGUGGGAUGGUUGGAGAUCUGUCUUUCAUGUGCCCUGAAUUCCUUCAGUCCUUCUUUGCUGGUCUGGCUGCAUCAGGGGCUCUGGCCUCUGCUUUGAGGAUUGUCACAAAAGCAGCCUUUGAGAAAUCUCAUAAUGGUCUUCGCAAGGGGGCUAUGUUAUUCCUGGCGAUGUCCACGUUCUUUGAGUUUCUGUGUAUCCUUCUCUAUGCAUUUGUCUUCCCUAAAUUGCCAAUAGUGAAGUACUAUCGCUCAAAGGCAGCCUCGGAAGGAUCAAAAACAGUAUCAGCUGACCUUGCUGCUGCUGGCAUCCAGACAGCAGCAAACAAUGGAGAUGAAGAUGACGUGAAACCCCAGGAGCGCUUGAGCAAUAAACAACUGUUCCUUGAGAAUAUAGAUUAUGCAAUUGACCUCUUUCUGAUAUAUGUCUUAACACUGUCGAUUUUCCCCGGAUUCUUGUAUGAAAACACUGGCUCACAUGGGCUCGGAUCAUGGUAUGCGCCUGUGCUGAUCGCGACUUACAAUGUGUGGGAUCUGAUAUCAAGAUACAUACCUCUAGUUGAAAGCCUGAAGAUGGAGUCCAGGAAAGGCCUGAUGAUUGCAAUUCUUGCUCGUUUCUUAGUCAUACCAGCAUUCUACUUCACGGCAAAAUAUGGUGACAAGGGCUGGAUGAUCCUGCUUACAUCCUUGCUGGGAGUAUCCAACGGCUACCUCACUGUCUGUGUCAUUACAGUGGCACCCAAAGGUUACAGGGGACCUGAGCAGAAUGCAUUGGGAAAUUUGCUUGUGCUGUGUCUUAUAUCAGGUAUAUUUGCAGGGGUUGCUCUUGAUUGGUUGUGGCUUAUUGGUAAAAAAGAGGGGUUUUAAAGAUCCAAGUCUUUAUUGGAAUUAGUCAAGCACCUGCUAGUCCGAAAAACCGCCUUUUUGGUGGUAUCAGUUUCUUUGAUAGUUCAGAUCAUUUAUUUGACUCAUUUUCAAUUGUUCUAAUUA